UGACAUUUCGUGUUUCUUGCCUGCGGGCCUCACUUGUUAUUCAAUUCCUUUCUAGUGGAUAAAAUUUUUAAUUAUUAACAUAAAUUGUAUUAAUUACAGCGAAAUACAAACGAAAAUGUCUUUCCUGUUGAAAACACUUAAGUCCACAUCGGUCGCGAACGCCGUUAAUGCGGUUGGUCAAGCACAAAUGCAGGCAAAACUUUUGCACACUACACCGGUUUGCUAUGAGAUACGUAAAUUGGCCCGAUUGCGUGUGGUGGACAACAGUGAUUUGGGUAAACGAGCUAUGGCCGAAGGAAGACCUCCCCGUUGCAUUCAUGUCUACAAUAAACGUGGCAUUGGUCUAGUGGGCGACAAGGUUUUGGUUGCCAUCAAAGGACAAAUGAAAAAGGGUAUUUUGGUGGGCUUGAAACAGAAACAAAAGCCAAAAAUUCCAAAAUUCGACAGCAAUAACCUUGUUUUGAUUGACGACAAUGGAACACCUUUGGGUACACGUAUCCACGUUCCGGUGCCCACAAUUUUGCGUACAAUACUAAAAGAGAAGACCCAGGCAAAGGGUGCUGAUUAUACCAAAGUCUUGGCUAUAGCAAGUAGAUUUAUAUGA